AUGCCUAAGACUCGCUGUUUGCUUCGCGGAGAGAUCACAUAUUCUUCUGCAAGAGAAAAGGACACAAAUGUCCUCCACACUCUUGGAUAUUGGGCCCAGAGGGCGGAGUUUUUUGAUCGUCUAGACAAGAAUAGGAACCUGAUUCAGGCGGUAAUUGCUCGCCACCUCGGCGUAAAGGCAGCGGCAUGUCAUGUCGCUGAUCAAGCUGACUGGGUACAUGGGAGCUUCAAUCUUUGUGUCCCCGUCACGAUCACAGCUUGGAGGAAAACAAGGGUGAUAAUCCGCUUCCCAUUGCCAUACCGGGUAGGCGAAGACUUCAGGCCUGGAAAUGCAGACGAGAAGCUUCGUUGCGAGGCAGGAGCCUAUACAUGGCUUCAGAGCCACUGUCCAUCAGUACCCAUUCCUCGACUUUAUGGAUUUGGGUUGUCAACCGGUCAAAGUUUUACGGCUAUCGAUACGCUGCCCUUGAUGACUCGUUGUCUGCAAUAUCUCCGUCGUUUGGCACUGGCAACACUUGGAUAUCCUGUUCCAUCCCGUCUUGUGCCCCAGCGAGGCGAUGGACCGAAUCUCUUCGUUGGCUAUCUUCUGAUCGAAUAUAUUGAGGAGGGCCAGGGGAUGAUGCUUUCAAACACCUGGGAUGAGGGAUACGUUGACACACGACUACGGACUAACUUCUUUCGAAGCCUGUCUCGAGUCUUACUAACUAUCGCCCAGGUUCCUGUACCGCAGAUCGGCUCAUUCACUAUUAACGAUGAUGGCGUUUUGACACUGAGUAAUCGGCCGCUGACUCUUGAAGUCCAUGAACUAGAGAACGAGAGGAUUCCGGUGGAUAUUCCCCGGAAUCUCACAUAUACAUCUGUCGACUCAUACGUAAUGGACAUUCUUGCUUUCCAUGAUAGUCGCCUUCGCCAUCAGCCAAAUGCGGCUACCAACGAGCAGGAUUGUGUCUAUCAAAUGUCUGCCUUGUCCACCAUGAAAAUGGUUUUCCCUCAGUUCUUCCGACGUGAUUUGCGCCGUGGGCCUUUUGUCUUUUGCUUGACAGAUAUUCAUCAGAGCAACAUCCUAGUUGAUGCUGACUGGAACAUUAAGUGUUUGAUUGACCUAGAGUGGGCAUGCUCACGGCCAAUAGAGAUGUUGCAUCCUCCGCGCUGGCUUACGAAUCAAGCGAUAGAUGAGAUGGAUGCCGACAAAUACGCCCAGAUCCACCAAGAGUUCGUGGAAAUCCUACAGAAUGAGGAAAGACUCCUUGACGCACGCACUACGAUUUCAUCUGUAUUGAGAGAGGGUCUGGAGAGAGGUACAUACAUUUUGCCAAGGUUUGCAAAGGGACAUGAGAACGAUGAGAAUUUUUAUCGAGUUCUGAUGUAUUACUGGACGGAAAAGACUUGGGACUUUAUCAGAGGAAAAGUGAGAGACAAAACUGAGUAUGAUAAGCGACUUCGAGAUGCGUUCAACAAUUGA